AUGAAGCACCCGGGCUUGAGUCUGUUUGCAGUGGAAUCGCUAGCUACAAGUAGAUCCAAAUCUUGCAUAUCAUGUCGGGAACGCAAACGUAAGUGUUCCCGAGAAUCUCCCAAAUGCUCACAAUGUCAGAAGAGCUCGAUCCCAUGUUUCUACUCUGAGAAAUCUAGAGGGUAUCGAGACUUCAAGCUUCACGAGCAAGCAAAAAUCCUACUCGGCUUAUCUUCUCAGGCUCAUUGUUUCCCUUCCGUUCCUAAGAACACACACCGUGUCCCUGAAGACACAACACCUGAACAAGGGUAUCGCUCUGGCCAGAUCGUUGUCACGGACGAUAUACUGGAGUCCCACGAUACGGAGCCUGAUAUUCUCAGUCGAAAACGUUCGAUCACGUCGGUUUCAUCUGCCUCCAACGGUGUAAAGAAACCCUCGCAUUCACCAUCUCGAGACUCCAGCUCGGUCCUCUCCGGACUGUUUGAAGACCUGGAGUCACUCAAUACGGCAGAAACAGAUGUCAAUAGGCCUGAUAUGACUAAAUGGAACAACAUAGGUGCUGUUUUGCCGGAGCAAGCCAACAUCUUGACAACCAUGCCGGCUGCCAAGUCGAUGUGGCCCAAUAUACACAAAGACCAACUCCAUCGCUUCAAGAACGACCCCAAUGUCCGUGUGGGUCCCAUCUACACGAAAAUUUUCACAUCAUCAUUGUACUGUACGGGAAAAUCUCUCGAUAUUGACUUGAAUCUAUUGGAAUCGUACCUUCCUCUGAGAAAAGUUUGUGAUACCCUCUUUGCUCGCUACGUCAAUUCCGUGCAUCCGAUUAUGCCACUUCUCGACAUUAAGAAGCUCCAUCCUCAGUAUGAGAUGUUCUGGAAUAACAAGAUGUCAGUAUCGAUAUCAUUCUAUAUCAUUCUAUCUGCUCUUCUCUAUGCUGGCUCGGUUUCGGAGUUUGAACAGUUGACCAUCUCCCAAACGUCAACUUACACGAAACAGGAAUGUAUUGACCUUAUGAGACAUUUGGUUGGUAUGGCCGAAAUCGCACUAGCAGUGUCUGAUUUCCCUACCAAGGUUACAGUGGUUGGUUUACAGGCUUCAGUGAUCUUACAUUCGGCCGUCAGAAACGACUGCAGAACUGACGACUGUGGAUCGGUAGCAAAUUUGGUCAGGUUAACACAGUUGAUCAAUCUCAACAGAGAUCCCCAGUCAUAUCAUAAAAUAGAAGAUGCACUGCUUGUCCAAGAACGAAGAUUACUAUGGUGGCACGUAUACUACUUGGAUAGUACCACUGCGCUUUCAUCAAGACUAGCACCAGUCAUAGUGGAGGAUGAGUAUGACACCUGUUUUCCCAUAGAGUAUAAAGAAAAUUCUGGACUCUACAAAUUGGACCUGUCAAUUGCCUUCGCUAACGGAAGGUUCCGAUGGGCUGAAACUUGCAACAAGAUUACCAGAAGGGGCUUUCUGUUGAAGCCCGUAACACGGACUGAGGCCGACCGCCUUAUACUGGAGAUUGAUAACUUGGGUUUUCACUGUACCUUGUCCAUCCUGCGAAUUUUGGACCAGCCCAACGUAAUGCCCAACCAGGAGCAUUUCGCUAGCUUCAGUUCGUCCAUGUUGGCCACUUUUAGGGAUCGGUGUCUAUGCCUUCUCAAUAUGAUCUUGUCAACUCGACAGGAUCUGAUUCAGACGUCAUCCACGGCUGAUAUACUGGAUAACAGCGUGGGGGAUUCCUUGGUCAAACAUACCUUGCAUUUACUUCUGGAAUUCUGCAAGCACGGGUCAAUGCCUCAUAAUGCAAUUUUCUUGUGGGAAAUCCGAAAGUAUCAGCCUAUUCAGGUGCUUUUAUUUCUUCUUCGGAACUUGAUUGCCGAUGCUAAAAAAUUGCUGUUCAACACCGAAACCCUCAGAAACGAUGAGAGAGUGUUAGCGAUUGAGAAUUCCUUGAAUGUUCUCGGGUACCUUUCGGACCAUUCAACUAAGUUGUGUCAGGAACGGUGGAAUAUGGUCCGAGAAUUGAAGGCCACCACUUGGGAACAACUUUUCGGGUCUACGAAUGACCUGUCUUCUUCGGAUACUUCCUCUCCUAAGACUUCUCCCGGUGAGAGCAAGGUGGCAGAAGCAUUCGGGGAGGACUGGGAUGCCAUCAUAAAGAAGUUAACUGCGGUAGAAAACACUAUUGAUGAGAAUAUAUUUGCAACAGAUUGGGACGAGACGUCGGGACGUUACGUGAUGUAA